AUGGCUGCCAUUAGGAAGAAGCUUGUGAUUGUUGGAGACGGUGCUUGCGGUAAAACGUGUCUUCUCAUCGUCUUCAGCAAAGAUCAAUUCCCAGACGUGUACGUGCCAACUGUGUUCGAAAAUUACGUUGCUGACAUUGAAGUGGAUGGAAAACAGGUUGAACUUGCUCUAUGGGAUACUGCUGGACAAGAAGACUACGACCGGCUGCGACCACUCUCAUACCCGGAUACGGAUGUCAUUUUGAUGUGCUUUAGCAUUGAUUCGCCCGACUCCCUCGAGAACAUUCCCGAAAAAUGGACGCCUGAGGUUCGACACUUCUGCCCCAAUGUGCCUAUCAUUUUGGUUGGAAACAAGAAGGAUUUGCGAAAUGAUCCAAUCACCAUUCGGGAACUUCAGAAGAUGAAGCAAGAGCCAGUCAAACCCGAGCAAGGAAAAGCCAUUGCCGAUCAAAUUGGUGCCUACGCUUAUUUGGAAUGCUCAGCUAAGACUAAGGAUGGCAUUCGUGAGGUGUUUGAGAAAGCCACGCAAGCAGCACUCCAGCAAAAGAAGAAGAAGAAAAAUAAGUUAAUGGCCUUGGUAGCUUCAGUGGAAAGCAAUGGUUUGAAUCCGAUGUCUUUUACGGAUCAACAUGGGACAACGGUUCUGGAAAGGCUCCGAUAUCAGCGGGAGACUGGCCGUUUUUGCGAUGUCUUCAUCACGGUGAAAGAUCGCCGCUUCACCGCUCAUCGGAAUAUUUUGGCCGCUUGCAGUCCGUAUUUCGAUUCAAUCUUUCGAUAUGGGAAAAUCACGAAAGAGCAUGUGACAGUAAACUGCCCAAACCCAGCCGCCUUCGAGCUCUUUCUCAAUUACAUGUACAGCGGGAAUAUCGUGAUCGAUCGAUCAACGGUCACCGAAUUGUUGAAAUUGGCGAACAAUUUCUUGGUGACAAAAUUGAAGGGCUAUUGCUGUGAGUACUUGGAUCGAUACCUUGAUGCGGCGAACGUGAUAUCGAUAAAACAACUCGCCACCAAAUACAAUUUACCCGUUUUGUUGAAGACCGCUUGCGAGUUCUUCGAUGCGAACAUCAAUCGAUGUGUGCUCGAGUCGGUCGACAUCCUCCAAUACACGAUCGCACAGUUGACGAAACUACUUGACGAGCCAAAACAUGUGAAUGUCAUCUUGCCGGAUGUGCAUUUGAAGCUCAUUGUUCGCUGGAUUUCCGAGGACAUCGAGAAACGAGAGCCGCAUUUUCGACAACUUCUCACCGGUGUACAGUUGCCAAAUUGUAGCGAGACGGCGAUCGAGUUUCUCUUGGAUUAUGCAUCGUUGUUCUCGCGAAGCAUGCCGAGUCGCUUGCUCAUGAUGCAACAAUUAUCUCGCUCUGGUCUCCUGCCCAGCAAAUAUCAAGAGCAAUACGCGAAUCUCUUAGCGAACACCGCUUUCCCUGAGCAUCAUGCGACUAAUGGAAAUGAGAAUGAUGUGGAAAUGGAUGAGUUGGAUGAUGAAGAAGGCUACAGUGAUUUGGAUGACGAGGAAGGAAGUCUAUACGGCUCUGAGGAUGACUCAAUGGACGUCCCUGUAGAAGGACAUCCGACCACCGAAGAAAUUCUAAACGGUGCUCAAUAUGUUGGUGAAGGGAGUGGAACAAAGUUGAGGCUGCGUAUUUCGUUGAAAGAUCGUGAUGAUAUUGGAGCAACGUCCGGCAGUGAUGCGGAUGAGGCACGGAAUCGAUUGCUUCACAAAAUACGAAAACAUAAAGGCUUCAAACGUCGUGGUCGGCCGCCAAAACGAAUCACUGAUGAUGAUGUUGACAUUGCCGCUUUUGACGAAGAUGAGCUGGAUGGAGUUUAUGCGGAUGGAAGUAUUUUGACUGGCAUCAUCACCUAUACUGAUGAUGAUUUAUUGGAUCCAGAUUCGGUUGAUGACGGUGAAGAAGUGUCCGAUCCGGCCGGUUCUAAUCCUUGUCCAUAUUGUCGUUUCGCUAGCAAUAGCGAAGAGGAAACAGCUCGUCACUGUGCCCGAAAGCACAACCGGAACACGAUUUUCGUCUGCCAGAUGUGCGAUUUCGAGUGCAAAUGGAGCAAGAAUUUCUAUGAACAUGUUAGACAGAAUCAUUUUCAUAUGCCGCCUUACAAUUGUGCUCAUUGUCCUUUUGUGUCAAAUGAUCGUGUGCAGGAUCUUCUUGCUCAUAUGCUUGUUCACAGUGAAAUCCGUUUCUUCAAGUGUGCUCAAUGCGGUUUUCGGGGACGCACGAGAACUCAAGUUUGGGCUCACGAGAAGCUGCACGCUGAUGAGGCAGCUCUUCACUGUGUCGAGUGUGGUCGAUCGUUUAAUCAGCAGAGUGCUCUCGAUUCUCAUAUGAGCACUCAUGCGGAUGCUAGACCGCACAUCUGUGAUGAAUGUGGCUUCUCGUCGAAAUCCGCCGAUCACAUCCUGACUCACAAAAAGGGACACAAUGGCGAUGUUUUCUAUUGUCAUAUUGAGGGAUGUGAUUAUAGUUCCCCAAAGAAGAGUCAACUUGCCGCCCAUUUGCGGACGCAUUUAGCUGUGAGAGCUCACACUUGCAAGAUUUGCAAUCGUGGGUUCAUCGAGAAAUCCCAUUUGGUGAGACACGAGCGGAUUCAUUUGGAUGAGAAACCGUUCAAGUGUGAUAUUUGCGACUAUGCCUCGUCGAGGAGAGACAAGUUGAAGGAACACAUUCUGAAGCAUCACAAUGGAAAUCAGGCAAACCGAUCUCAUCGCCGUCGGUACAAACGAGAACGGCAAUUGGCCGCUUUGGCAGCACAGGAGGAAGCCGAGAUCAAGCUUGGAAUCUCGGAGAACGUGUUUCGACCGAUUGGAGCCUCGGAACAAGUGGAGCAAUGGCAGACAGCGCAUGGACAUCACUUUCAGCAAGGAUCCUUCUCCCCACUUGGCCGUUCAACAUCGGUAUGCAUUGGUGGAGCCACAGCGCCGACCGGGCUCUCUCCCGGAUCAAUGUCUCUCAGCAAUAUCAAUAUUGCUGGCACCGACACGCCGACUAUUAUGGCCACGAAUAAUGUUAUGCCAACUUUCCAAUCAUCUCAAAUCGUUCCUCGAUCGCCACACAAUCAUUCGGAAAAUUAUGGUGUGACCACACCGACGGAUCUCGGCAAUCGUGCGAUGAGCGUGCCCCCAUAUUCCCAACAUCAAGGUCUACAAGCCAACCAGAAUCUCAACGAGCAAUCAGUUUUCCCCGCUCAAGACAACGUGUUCACCGCUCAAUUCAACCAAGCAACGCAAAAUCAACAAUGGUGGCACUUCAAGUUCAUCUUGAUGGCUUCAAUUCCUCUGGACACCGUUAGAAAAGCUCGGGGAAAAUCGCCGUUGAGGGCUAUCUCGCCAGCUCGCUUGCACGACCUGCUAACUUCAACACCAAAGAGCCUAAACAAAGCAUCAAAGAAGGAGAAAAGGAAUGAAAAGACGCCUGCUCGAAAGUUGCUGCAAUUUGACGAAGACACACCAUCAACGGCCACCACUUCCGUCAGCCAAGUUGGAUCGCAGAAGUUGUACGAACAAUUGAAUCAACAUUUUCGAGCAUUUACUGGACAGCUUUUCUUCGUUCAACGAAAAAUGUGUGAUGUAUUGCGAGCUUGUGGGAAAGAGAUCGAGCAGAGCGACUUGGCGCCGCACGUUUUAGUAACUCAUCAAUAUGCGUUUGCCAAUCAAGAAUCGAAUCCACACGCAGCACUAAUGCGGGCCUACACUUUGUACAUCACCAGGAUUCAACCAUUGCUGUUGCAAGCCUCAACUCAAGCACGUGCGCCAUACAACAAGCAGCUUCGGAAUUUGGCGGCUGCCCUUUUUUUGAGCGGACAUCACUACAAAGGGUUACUGAUGCUGAAGGACAUCUUAACAAUCUUCGAAAAAGAUCUAGACAUCGAAUGUGCUUAUCAGAAGUGGUGCGUCUUGCUUGCUGAAUGGGAAGUGUUAGAUGGGUUCUACGAUGAAAGGAAUAACAUGUUCACACGGGAUAAAUUCAUUGAACACAGCCAAUUCGCCAGUAUUUGUCGGCAAAUCAAGGUGUUUCACGUGGAAGCAAAAUUUCGAGAGCAUUCGAUCCAGCAACUCUACGAAUACCUCGAGGAAAGGAAAGAUGAGAAGACGUAUGCAAACUAUGAACUGAUGGCGUUAAUCAACAGCUGCCUUGCGAAUGCCUACAAAUUGCAACGUCGAGAGGUAAAAGAUGAUGGUACUCGAUAUAAAGCCAAAGAUGGAUUGGUCCACCUCGAGCAAAUGUUGCACUCUAGUGAGGUCAUCGUGAAGAACAUGGCUCGAAACUUGUUGGUCGACAGCUCUGCGAAUUAUGAGCUUCCUUUGUUCGAUACCGAAGGCAAAGAUUCUGGACACAUAUUAAAAGUUUCACUUCGCGUUGCCGAGCAUUUCUACUUUGUCCAUCAAUACGUGCUUGAAAUGUUCAAAUCCGGACAAACCAGGGAAGCGUGCUAUGCGUCAUUGAAGUAUUGGAUCGCCUCACUCAGACUUGGACUGCAUUCAAAUAUUGUUCGAGCUUCAUCCUUGAUGUUCUGGGUGCGCUUCGCUUCAUUCUACGAUUCACACAGCCGUCCAAACAUGCGCAAAAUGCUCCAACAUCUGUAUAGUGAUUCUGUGGUCCAACCAGAAGGCGAGAUGAAAACCACCAAACAAGGAGUUGCCGAUAUGACGAUAGGUGCUCUGACUGACACUUUCCUCGAGUUGUGUGUAAACGAAGAUGACACAUCAAAUCCCAUUCUACAUUUGUAUGCUGAGACUUGUUCAUGUUCAAAUUGUGCAAUUUCUCGAUUUGAUCCAGUUUACCGCUUUGAGUGGCAUAUCUUUGCUUUUGCCUACGAUGGUUUUCCUACUAAUGAAGUUGCUGUUCAAGGAUUGUGUGAGGCUUUCACACAACUUCGUUCUUUGAAUACGCCUACUCAGCAGCAACUAUUAGGAAAUCUCUCCAAACCAAGACCCCCCUUGCUUAUGUCAAUGCUGUGGAUACUUGUGAUGAUUCAGUGGCUACGCUACAAUGACGGAUAUCGAGCACCUCGGGCCGGGACUUCGGUUAUUACCACUGUUAGUGAAUGGACCAAAAAAAUCUAUAAGUACGCAAGUUCUUUUCUUCAAGCUGAAUUCCUGGCUUUGGCACAAGCAUCACGGCCUGCAUGCCCACCACUUUGCUAUUCUUGGAUGCUUGCGAAAAACGCGAAGAAGAAGAUAUUGCAAGCAAAUCCAAAGACGACAGAAGACGGCGAACUGGCAGCGAAAAGAGAGAAAGCAGUGGAAGAUGCGCGGAAACAAUAUGCACUCCAUAAACACUUGAUGUAUCGUGACUGGAGAUUACCGAUAUGCUCAAUGAUUGCACAGUUGUCAAUCUAUCCUUGGGAAAGUGCGAUGAUGAGCGCCGAGAUGUGUCUUCUUGCUACGCGACAAGCUGCUCGAGCCAUUGGACGAGAUUUUGGAGAGGAAUUUCGAAGUGCUUCGCAAUUUCAAGCAAAAGUUGAGAAGCUGCCAGAAGACAUCACCGUGCUCCAACUCGUGCUCAAUAACGGCGGUGAUUUCGUCGUUGUCAAGCUUCAUUGUAGCCGUCCUCCAGUUAUUGUGCCAAUCGCAUCGAAAGAUAAACUUGACGAGUUCAUCAAAGACAUGACAACAAUCAUGCGAGAUAACGAUACGACCGGUAAUUUGGCAAAAGUCACCACCGACAGCAAGUAUUUUUGGAAAGAGCGUAGACGAGUUGACGAUUCGCUUAGGGCUUUCUGUGCCAAAGUUCAAAACCAACUUCUCGGCCCCUUUGCAAUGUUGUUCCGACCGAGCGCAACUCUAGGGGCAGAAGGCCGGAAAGCGGCUAAGAUGAUCCAAUCGUUAACUACAAAAGCGCAAACGAACAGGGGUCUUUCAUCCUACAUUGCGACGGAACUUGUGUCACUUUUUGCAACGGGAAGCCAUGAAGAAUACGAGACGCUAUGGAAACCAUUGAUUCCAGCCUUUUGCGAGUUGAACGGUGAGCUUGGAUCAGCCGAGGCAGCAAAAGUUUCGCGGACAAACUCGGACUUCUAUGUCCAACUCAAAAAGGCGGCAAGCGAUGUCGCUUACUCGUUUCCACGCUACACAAUGAUUGUAACAUCGCCGGAGCUUUCGAUAAUACCCUGGGAGAGUCUUCCGAUCUUUGAAAAGAAUCCCUACAUUGGACGAUUCGGCUCGGUUCACAAGUUAUUGGAAAUUUUCGAGAAGAAAAACUACUCGAUUCCACGCCCGAUUAAUCCGGCAAGAGGAGUGUUCAUCUGCGAUCCAGACAACAAUCUCGACGAUACGAAAAAACGAAUGUGUGACCACAUGGCAAAACUCGGAUGGACAGGGAUCGUUGGACGUGUACCAGAGCCCGAGAACUUCAAGAAAAUGCUGUCGGCCAAUGACAUUUAUGUUUACUUCGGUCAUGGAUCUGGAUCAAAAUAUUUUGGACGGACGGCCGUGCGAAAAAGUGGAUGUCAAGCUGUGGGAUUUCUUAUGGGGUGUUCAAGUGUUGCAAUUACACCGGAAGGCCCAGGACUAGAUGGACGAUCUUCAAUUUACGACUACUUCAUUGCCGAUAGUCCCUGCGUUGUCGGAUGCUUGUGGAUGGUGACUGACGGUGAAAUUGAUCGCUACUUCAUCGAUCUCAGCGACUACAUGUUUGACGCCGAACAACGAAAACCAAAAGCAAAUGACGGGGAGAGAUUGCGCAUGUUGAUGGAUGGAAUGGCGUUCGCACGUAGCCGAGCAAAGCUUCGUCAUCUCACUGGCGCCUCGGUCGUAUCAUAUGGAAUCCCCGUUGUCUCGUCACCAUCGAACAGCUUGGACUCAGCGGCAGAACGA